GAUAUUUUAUAUUUUUGAUAAACAACAUGGCGUCAUUUAUUGUCCGGUACUCAUGACUGCAACAAGUCGUGUCCCGUUUUAACUUAUUUUAGAUCGUUGUUUGGUGUUUCGCGUUUGAAAAAAAAAAAAAAAAAAAAACGUGAGUUCAGAUUAUUGUGUGCUAUUUAAACUGACUUUGAUUUGUGAGCGAUACAAAACAUUGGAGAAUGCCUAAACGAGGAAAAGAGCCGAGACCAUCGAGUCGUCAUUCUGGUGGUCGUUUUUCACCACCAUCACAACCACUACGGCAAUCUAGAAAUGAUUAUCCAAUUGCAGGAUCUUCACGUUCAACGUGUGAUUCUACUUCUGGAAGAAGAUCACCUCAUACCAAAGAUAAUAUCAAAAAAUCUAAUGGAAACUUACAUCCUGGAAAUUCUUCUACUAACAGAAUACAUAUGAAUGUAAAUAGUAGUCCAAUCAUAUUGACUGAUGACGAUGAUGACGAUGACAAUGUUUAUAAGAAUUUAGAUACUUCUGUGAAUUUAUUUCGAGAAAAUGGAAAUAAAUCAAAACCUGACUCAGGCGAAGGUGCAAGUCUUGUGAAACAUUACGUACCUUCUACUGAUAGAUAUCAUUCAUCACAAAAUGCUCCUGAAAAACCAGUGUUUAGAGGACCAGAAACUGAUGUAUUGCAUGGUAUGGGAAAUGACAAAUUAAAAGUUAUUCGAGUUCAAAUGAUACGAUCAUCUGAUUCUCAACAAAAUGAUUCAUUUCGUAAAGCUUAUGUAGUUGAAGAUUCAGUGGCUGGAAAUAGAUCAACAGAUAAUAAUCAUCAAGAUUUUGAAGAACGGCAAGUUCAUUUCAAUCAAAAUAAUCAACAGAUACUUUAUGAUAAUGAUAAGAAUUAUGGAAUAAUUCAUCCUUUGAGUCCAACCAGAUUAAUGUCUCGUGAUCAAAGUUUAUCCCCACUUGUUAAUAUGGUUCGUCCGCCAUCUCCUCCAUUACCUUAUUCUCCUGAAUGUGAUCAUUUCAAUUCUGACAACAAUAUGUUACGCAGAGAUAGAUCAAAGCACUCUCCAGAAAGAAAUCUUCAUGAUCGUCCACCAAGGACAGAACAUUUUUUGGAACAACUUAAGAUGGAAAACUUUUCUUCUGGCCCUCCUCCAGAACCUAGAUCACCAGAAAUGCAACGUUUUAGACCAGGUGAUCACAAUAGACAUCGUAUGAAGGAUGACCCGAUUCAUUAUGAAGAACGUCCCAGACAUAGUGGAUCUCCUGUAUAUUUUGAGAAUCAUUAUCAGUACAACAGAAGUAUGUCACCUAAUAACAGACCAUUUUCUCCUAAUCAUGAACAACAAUUACCAAUUACUCCACCGUCAUUACGUGAGCUUUCUUCACCUUUGAGAGAUCGUCCACCACACCCCAAUGAGCGUCCUCGAAGAAGACGCACACCACCACCUAGACGGGAUCGUUCAAGAGAAAGACGACGUCGCAUUUCACCUAGAAGAAGAACACCACCACCUGUUCGUUCACCUAUGAAGCGUAGAGAGAAUGGUAAAAAACGAGGGCCUAAUAAAAAUCUGGAAGCACGAAAACGAGAAGCCAAAGAAAGAAAAAGACGAUCUCAAUCCAAACCAAAACCUGCAGCACAACAAGAACAUCAGCAACAAAAUUCAUUCCAGCAACCUCCACCACAGCCUAUGUAUCCGCCACCACCCCCACCUGGAGUUGUUCGAAUGCCACCGAGACCUUUCCCUCCAGGACCCAUGAUGAUUCCAUUACGACCACCUCCCCCCUUUCCACCACCAAUGGGAGCAUGGAGGCCACCACGUCCACCAAUGCAAGCGCCUCCUUCUGGUUGGCCAUAUCCACGCCCAAGGCCAUUCUACUUCCCCUACUAAAUGGAGUGGCUACGAAUAUUUAGAUUUUAAUAUUUUUUAACUGUGUGUAUUUCAAACAAUUUUGAGUUCAAUAAUAAAACAAUUCC